UCUAAACAUUCCGCUCACCUUAUGGCGACUAUUGCGCCACCAUUCCCAUCAUUAUCGUCGUCGUUGUUGGUGAGCGUGACACCUACCAUGAAUACCACAGCCUCAACAUCAGCGAUCUAUACAAGCUCCUCUGCGCAGCCCCCAACGACCACCAGCGAAUCGACGUAUAUUGAGCCAACAACAACAACAACCCCAGUGAUCAGCACCUUUAGUGAGGUCAUACCAACUACAAGCAGCUACGAUCCAACCACCACAAAUGCCGUGAUCACACCGACCUAUACUCCAACCACGAGUUUCACGUCGACAUAUGUCACCUCGACAGUACGUCCCACCGUUGUGCCAACAGAGGUGCCGUCUCAUAAUUCCUCUUCUGGGCCCAUUUCCACUGGAGGAAUAGUCGGAAUUGUGAUCGGUGGAGUCUUUUUGCUAGUUGCGCUGGCCCUGGUGGCAUCAGCGCUCAUCCGCCGAUCUCGCCGUCGCCGUCAUGAAGCUUACGAUAAUAACAAUAGCCAUAGGUCCAAUCAAGCAAGCAUGCAACAGACAUAUCGACCAGAUAGAAGGGGUGGAGACGCCAGGGUUGGGCUUGGUGUCGUUAAUGCGGGCAGUAAUAAUCAGCGCAACGGCGGCGGUAUGAGCACAAGGGCAUCGCAGGACCUCAUGAACGCUUCCUCGAUUGAUGCCAGCAGAUACUCGGAAAGGGCCAAUGAUCUGGGCGCAGAUGCUUCCUUGGGGACAGGAAUCUACGGAUACGAGGCGGAUGGACGUCCGUGGCACCAACAGCAAGCAUACUAUCCAACUGAGCCAGCUCCAGACGGUCGAUACGAUUCAACUAAUGUCGCGCCUCGAGAUCAUGGAGUAGCCUACAUGCAAUAUCAGCAACAACAGCAAGCACAUUUUCCGGCAGAAUAUGGGCAGCAACCUAUAGCGCCUCCUACGGGAACAUACUAUGACCCAGGCGAUUAUCCUGCUAGCAACUAUAAUAAUUACUAUACCGAUCUAGCGUAUGCGAACCAGCCCUACGUCGGUCAGUACUAUGCUGACCAGCACUAUGCUGGCCAGCGCUAUGCAGACCAAGGGUACACGCAGCAGGGCCUCACGGGUCCAUACUACACAGAUCAAGCCCCUCCCGGCCAGCAGUUCUCUGAGGAAGACCAAGUACGCUAUCUCCAAGGAUUGGAGUAUGGCUACGAUCUCAGUACUAGACGUACUCCCGGUCCUUCAUUGACUGCUUCUCCAAGUUUUGCAGGUCCUGCUGCAGGAGAAGGCGUCGCCCAAAAUUCGCCACCCCUUCAGAGGGCCUAUGCUACAAACGCAAGGACAAACGAAUCCCUGCCCAAUACCAAUGCCAAUGCCACCACCAUCACCACAGCCUAUGUUGAUCCCGAGAGCGGGACCAGAUCUAUCCAGAACAAGCCGCGGUUGAAGUCACCAUUGCCGUCAUCAGCUCGCGAUGACUCGACGGUGAUGGCUACUCCCGCAGCCACGGUUAUUGGUGCCCAGAGUAAUAUCUCUGGAGAUAGAAUGUUGGCGACCUCUGCUUCGGACCCGCAGCCCCAAUCUCGUUCGCCACUGCUUAGCCCCUUGCGGAAGAGAGGACCACAGGUGCCGUAUUCGGAGGACGAGCCAUCUACACAGAUUAAAGUCGAAAGGGAUGAGUAGGCACCAUGGUUGAUUGCACUCUUGACAUAAAGAAUUCUGUAAUGCAACAAUGCC